AUGCCAAGGAGCGGUCGUUGUCUGGGACUGCUGGAGUAUAGGGUUAAAACAGACACGUUUUGGGAAACAACCUCUGAUCUCCGAGCGGCUCCCGAGUUCCCCCGGGUACUCCCUUCAUCGAGUUACCUCUUGUCUGCGGAACUUCGGGGGAAGAUCCCGGGGCUAAUUGUGGAGGAGUGCGAGAGUGCGUUGGACCGUCCCGUCCACCGUCCUAAGCUACAUGUGGCGUCGGUUUCCCGCUGUGCCCAAAUGGUGCCCUACACGAACCCACCCGUACCUUAG